GUAACCAAAUAUUAUCCCCCUUGAAAAUGCCUCAGUUCAAAUUACUGGUUAAUGCACCCUUGGCGCCCCACUAGUGAACAUUAACCACACAAAUCAUAAGUCACAUGCAACUCCCAGCAAGACUAUACUAAAACACCUUUGAUAAUGUUUUGUAAGUUUCUGACCAACCAAAAGUUUAAGAGGGUAAUUAACAUUUCAUUAUUCUUGUUUCUGUAGCAUUUAAAUUAAAGAUUGUGAAAAGUAAAAAAAUGGGCGAUGAGAAACAGGUGAUAAUCUUCGCAUUAGACGACAGCGAUCAUAGCUUCUACGCCCUCGAGUGGACCCUCGAGCAGCUGAUCAUUCCCACGGGUUCCGUUUUCAAGCUCCUCAUUAUCCACGCAAGGACUAGCCCCAGUGGCAUUAUAGGACUUGCAGGUCCAGGAGCGAGUGACGUGUUGGAUGCGGUGGAGGCAGAUCUAAAGAGGACAGCUACCCAAGUGAUGGAGAAGGCUAAGGAUUUAUGCAGCCAGAAAGGGGUGAAGGAUGUGGAGUUUGAUGUUCAAGAUGGCGAUGCUCGGAAUGUGGCCUGCGACGCCGUUGACCGCCACCAUGCAUCUCUCUUGGUCUUGGGUAGUCAUGGCUAUGGAUCUUUCAAAAGGGCUGUUCUAGGGAGCGUGAGUGACUACUGCUCUCACCAUGCAAACUGUUCUGUUAUGAUUGUGAAGAAGCCCAAGUGCACAAAGCUUCACACCGCCGCCAAUUAGACUCUUUUAUUUAUUGAUUAAUUUUUAUAGUCAUUUAAAUGAGGAAAUUGAAAUUAAUUUUAACUGAUUAUUUUUUAUUUAAUCUCCAAUAUGUGAAAUUAUUUUUGAGAUUCCAAAUUGUAUUCAUAUGUUCUUCUCACUAUGAUCAAGAAUGUGACCUAUUUUGUUCAAGUCAUAAGCACUCAUUAGUUAUGAAAUGUAUAAAGUCAUACAAGAAAAUUUGCAGAUUAUU